AAGGAUAAAAAGGAAAGGAAAAAGAAAAAAAAAUCCAAGGAUAAAGGAAAAAAGUCAUCUAAAUCAGCUGUCAACCAACAGAAAUAUGGAAAAUAUGGUAUCCUUAUGGAAAGCGACAUGUUUAACAAACAACAAGAAUUUUAUUUGUGGCUUCAAGAAGUUAAGCAAACAAAUCCAGAAACCCUUCCAAGAUUUGAGAUGAAAAAGAUGUUUGAUACCUUUGCAGAAGAUUACAAUACUGUCACUUUACCACAUAAAAAGUAUGGAUUUAUUUGUUGUACCAGUAAUAUAAUACAUGAAGUAAUAUUAGACAACAAAGUCAAUGCUGUGUUCCGAAAGGCUUUGUUCACACUAUAAUGGAUAGCUUUUGUACCAGCACAAAACGCUGUCAGCUAUGGUAUGAACAGCAAUAGAGUUCUAAAGUGUGACAUCAUAAAAAAUUAAAUUUGUGAAAUUAUGGGAUCUGGCUGGAUAUUCUGAAAGAACAACAUCCAAGGGGUCUACUUUCAAAAAACUAGUAUUGUAGGGCAGAUUGUCUCUGAGAUAUUGGCCACUUCCUGUUCUUAUGACUCCAUACAAAUCCUUCUAAAUUGAUAAAAUUUGACUUGGGUGUAAAAUGUUUAGACCCAAGUCAAAUUUAGAAGGAUUGGUGUGAAGUCAUCAGAGCAUUACUGGGCUAAUAUCUCAUGGACAAAUAAUUAUUUGUCCUACAAUGCUAGUUUUGGCAAGAAGGUGUCUUGGACAUUGUUCUUUCAGAAUAUCUUGACAAAUCCCAUGAUUUUACAAAUUUAAUGUCUAUGACGUUAUCACUUUAGAACUCUAUGACCCAGGCCUGAAAACGUCAUUCACACACAUUGAACGUUGUGCCCAAGUGGUUGGCCAAGAGGUUUUGGUGAACUAAUUUCCAGUCCUCACUCCGGAAUAUUUACUUCCGUCUCAGUGGGUGCUAGUCCUCACGUUCCAAAGAGUUAUUCACGCUACACCAAAGUAUGGCACAAAACCUAUCUGAUAUGUGCUGCUUUCGAGAUCAUCAUGGUGCAGCUUCACUGCGUCACAAAGGUCGUGCGGAAAUCACUAUUCUUGUGUGUGAACAGAAGCGCUAUAAGGUAUGAUUUUCAGGCCAAUGCAAAAGCCAUCCGGUGUUGUGUGAACAGAGCCUAAGAAUAACAGAAGCGAGACAAGGGUCCGAAGCUGUAAAUUUUUGAAAUUCAGGGUGCCCAGAAUUUGAAUUGAGUUUUCUAGUUGCCUAAGUGCCAAAGUUACCAGCCCAGCCUUGACCGUGUUUAUUUAUAAAAGCAGUUUUUUUAUAAGCCUAGAGGGCCAUAUGUUGACUGUUAUUACUGCCUGCUGUAACUGUAAUUUUCUGUGUAUUUCUUACAGGUUUUAUGACCUUGAAAAAUGGGAAACUAAACAAAGAGAAAAAGGAAGGAUGAAGGCCAUCAAGAAAGCGCAAAAGCAACAAGUUUCCUUUGAGAAUGAUGAAUUACAACACAAAUCUCUACACUCAAGAACAGCUGGCGCAGGUAAGGAGAAUUUUAAAAAAGAAUCAUGCCAUAAAUAAAAAUUAUGCUGCAUGUAGUUUAUGAUAUACAGUGGUGAACUAUGGAAUAUCCUAAUGUGUAUUGGCAGAACUGCAAAAUAAUACUCAAAGGUCAAUGCCCAACAGAACUUUUCCCAUCUCUGAUGAAAUGCUACCUGAAAAACAAUGACUAGAGAUUUUGUACAUGAAGAUUUACAUUGUAUUCAGUCGGGAUAUGAAGUAAUGAUCUGAGUAAGAUGGGAAGUAUUUCGUUUGUUUUGGUACAAUACGCUUUUGUCACAUAGGAAUGUUUUCACUUUCACUCAGAAUGCAUUAACCUAAAAAAAGGCAGUCUACGAAAUAAAACAUAUUUAAACUCCGUUUUUAAAGGGUGUUUCUUUUGUGUUAAAAGAUUUCAACCAAUCAUAAGACUUUCCAACAUUAGCCAAGAAAAGUUUACAAUUUUAAUGUUCCUCACAUAGGAUUUCUGUGUUACUUAGACUCAGAUGAGAUUUUGUUAUGAGGAAGUUGGUUUAUAGAAAACAAGGGAUUAAUAUACAUGCUGCUUUGCAACUGAAAUGGUAACCUGAUCAGAAACAGGUCCUUCUAAAAAAAGAAACAUUACAACAUAGUUUCUAAAUGCCUUAAUGACACACUUUUACUUUCUUGGUUGAUGUAUAUGCUAGCUUUUUAGCAGAGACGUAUCAAGUGAAGCAUAGAAUACUCCAUGGUGUAGUUUAAGGAAUAACCUGUCUUGAAAUAACCUGUAUAGAACUUUACCUUAGAAAACAGUAAAAGGGCCUGCUACUUUAGCCAAAGCUAAAUUUUAAAGGUUUUCUUUAGGUAUGUUAAUACCACGUGACUACAUUGGUGUAAGAACCUGGAUUUUAAGAACCUGUUAGGCUAAAGUUUGCCAGUAAAGCCCACUACUCUAUAUAAGGACUUGUUUAGCCUAAAAUUUGAAACAGGUUCUUAUUUUCUAUAAUCUAUGAAGUCAACAUUCAGAAUCCUCUUCGGAUAAAUACUUGCUUUAUCACUCCACUUGCAAGUUAAAUGCCAAUGUGGUCAAUGAGAUUAAUGCUUUUAGUUCUUCUUUUUAUGGUCACUUUUACAUAUUAAAAUCUAAUUUGGUAUGCAGAUGUUAUAUGAGGAAUAAGCUGAACCACUAAAGACUUGAUUAGCUAUAUUGUAUUUUUUUUUUCUUCAGAAAAGAAGAACCUAUUUUUAAAAAUAUUUUAAUAAGAACCUAAAUAGCCUAAACUUGAGAUAACUACCAUUUAUAUAAGAAUCUGUUCAGGCUAACUUGGAAAAAUCCAGGUUUUUAGUCAAGGGGUUUUUACUGUAUUGUUAUAGAGUACUUAAGUGUGACGUCAUAAAAAUGAAAUUUCUGAAAUUAUGGGAUUUGUCAGGAUAUUCUGAAAGAACAAUGUCCAAGAGGCCUACUUGCCAAAAAUGAGCAUUUGGGGGCAAAUUGUCUCUGAGAUCGUAGCCCAGUUAUGCUUACAAAACUCCAUACAAACCCUUCUAAUUUUUUUUGGGUCGACCCAAAAAAAAAUUAGAAGGGUUUGUGUGGAGUUUUCUGAGUAUAACUGGGCUUAGCCUGAGUAUCAGGCGUUUCUGGGGAAAAGGGGAAAGAUGGAAGGGAAAAAGGGAGAGAGCUGAAGGAGAGAAACGCCUGACACAGAUGCUUUUACUGAAGCCUUCCACCCCUACACAGCAUGAUUCGAUACCAUCCAAUCAAAAUCACUUCCGGUCAUUGGGUUGUCAGCUUCACGUGUCAAAAAGCUCGCCUGAAAUAAAUCUCACUCAACGGUUUGGCCGAGCUCCGGUGCUUGUGUUGCUACGAUUUCGUUUUUUUUUUUAAACCUCCAAUGAUGAAUUUUUGAAUACUUGUAAUGUAAAAAAUUACAGGAAUUAUAACAUGUCUUAAAAAUUGUGUUAGUGUAAGAUCGCCAACGCUCUCGUUCGUAAAUAAACGUGCCCCAGAAAAUUGUAAAUUGCUUUUGUUUACAGAGUUACAUCAGGCGCUUGUCUGGCAGCUAAAAAGCUGAUGUUAUCCCUCGUAUCCUCGGGCGGUGGAAAGGAGCUGCAAGAAUAAAUAGGAAGGUGCGAUGGUGGAACACCUAUGCCUAGAAAUUAUCAAGCAGCAGCAAAUUCCACCACUUCACGGAGAGCUCGUGAAAGCUGUUACAAGUUUUAAAAAAGUGAGAGCCUAUAGCAAAGGUCAAUCCCGUUGGCGAAAUAUGAUGGCGCCCGCUUGAGCUUAAGACAUUUCAAAAGUGAGAGAAUUUUGGAAGAGGAAGCGAACGAAUUCCAAUCACGUACGCUAUCGUAACCGCCACAAGCAAAGUCAAACUUUUUAAAAGCAUUGGUGCUGUCGGCUAUCUCAAUACAUGGCUACCUCGCUCUAUUUUCAGUUACAGUAACAAUCCCCUUUUAACGGCAGGAUGUUGUAAAUCAGAACUUAGAUAUCUGAAACACUGAUAUCGUCGUCUUUGUCCCGGUCUUUUGAAACCAAUACUCAGACAUAGUUUCGGCAGAAGCUGGUAUAUGAGGCUUUUCCAUACUCCGAGUACAUCUUUCCUUUAAACUACGAGGCCUUGAAAACACAAUUCUUGCUCGGAUUUUAUUUUUAUUCCAGGAAAGAACUUGAGAGCGCCCUCUAGAGCCGUUUUGAAUUCCUCUCUGCGUCCCCUCUGUCCAUAAAAGUAUCACAUACCGGUAACAUGAAAUCAAAACAUCUAUGAAAAAUGUCAAUUGCUUCUUGCCGAUCGCUCUUGCGGUCAGUGACGUCAGGGGGUAUUGUGUGUUAUCCAAUCACUGCCACAUCCAGAUUUUGGAUGUGUCACACGGUUUGCUGAAUGGUUUUGUGUCAGGCCUUCCUUUCUCUUCUCCCCCUCCCCCUCUCCCAUCUAAAAUCUCCUCUCCCCUAGCCCCUUAGGAAGGCCUGAUACUCAGGCUAAACUGGGCUACGAUCUCAGAGACAAUUUGCCGAGAAAUGCUCAUUUUUGGCAAGUAGGCCUCUUGGCCAUUGUUCUUUCAGAAUAUCCUGACAAAUCCCAUAAUUUCAGAAAUUUCAUUUUUAUGAUGUCAUCACUUUAGUACUCUAUAACAGUAUGAGUUUAAAUUCUUUUUCCGUAGGCUUUACAUAUUUUUCAGUUUAAUUACAUUACAAAAGUUCCAGAAAAAUUACAUUAGUCAAUGUUAAAGUUGAGAUUCUGGUCUGAAAUGUUGAGCAUGAACCUAUAUGAGUUGUUUUUUAGCCUUUUACCUGACAAGAAGUACCGUAACUUAAAAACAAUGACAAAUAAUUUCAUGCAGCAGGUUUCUCACAUUAAUUAGCGGCUGCAUUUCCUGUGGUGUAGAAUAAUAAUAUUCAAUCUAUAUUUUAAGACUACAGUUAUACAGUGUAGUUGCAUAUUAAUUUUUAUAAUAAACUAUCUCAAACUUUGAGGAAAGGAUCAAGGUAAAGAGCUUUUGUUCCUUAUAAUUUUCCUACAGGGAUGAGCAGAGACGAUUUGCUUGAAAUGCAAAGAGUUAUGAGAGAAAGACAACAGGAGGAUUACAAGAAAAAAGCUGGCUGGAAAGUGGAUGAAACGAAGGGUGUACGAUAUCAGACAAUCCUGCCCUGA